AUGCCAAUCGACUUAGGUUUACUUAGACUCACUCAGCUCUUGAGUCAUUUGGGAAAUCCUCAUCUGAAUCUAAAGGUUUUACACAUUGCAGGAACCAACGGCAAGGGUUCAGUAUGUUCAUAUUUGAACUCGGUGUUACAACAGAGUACAUACAAGACUGGUAAGUUUACUUCACCGCAUUUGUGCCAUGUUAGGGAUAGUAUUACGGUAAAUCAAGUGCCUAUCUCAUCGCAUGAUUUUACUACGAUCAAGGCCCAAUUGGAACAAUUAGACGAACGGUAUUCGUUGAAGUGUACCGAGUUUGAACUCAUGACAGCAACAGCACUUUCGUAUUUUAACCAAGUGAAAUGUUCAUGGUGUAUCUUGGAAGUGGGGCUCGGGGGUCGUCUCGAUGCCACUAAUGUCAUUCCUGGCAAGAAUAAAGUGUGCGGCAUAACGAAGAUUGGAUUAGACCAUGAAUCAUUCCUUGGCAAUGAUUUGCCAAGUAUUGCAGCUGAGAAGGCUGGGAUACUUGUUGAGGGGACCCGCUUUGUGGCAGUGGACGGAACUAACGAUGAUGCUGUAGUAAGAGUCGUUGAAGAUAAAGCCAGAUCAGUAGGUGCAGAAAUCGUCAAGACUAAUCCGGAUACUUCCAUUAAAAGUGUCGUUACAUCUAGUUGGGGUCCGAUCGACCUUAGCGAGCUGCCUCUAAAUGGUGAAUAUCAAGUAACAAAUGUUCAGGUCGCUAUACAGAUAUUAGAUUAUAUGCAGAGAACUGGGAUGAUUCAACUUGACUCGAAUCAAAUCCUGGAUGGGAUACAGACGGCAGAAUGGCCGGGGCGGUUACAAUUCAUCAAUUAUCAUUACUCUCCCCGUAAAACUACACCUGUUCUUUUCGAUGGUGCCCAUAAUGGGAGCGCAGCCGUUGAAUUGGCCAAGUACUUAGAUACCGAGUUCAGGUUCAGUAAAGAUGAGCCGUUGACGUUUGUAAUUGCAAUCACUAACGGCAAGACUCUAGAACCGUUGCUAUCACCAAUUAUAAGGCCCCAGGAUAAAGUUAUCUGUACUGAAUUUGGCUCUGUGGAAGGAAUGCCAUGGAUUAAGCCCAUGGAUGCUUACGACUUGGCAUCGCAAGUAGGACAUUUCACGAAGAACGUUGAAGUUAACCGUGAUUUAUUCGAUAUCCUGCCGGCAUUGGCACAAUCAGGACCAGAGACCAAGGUCGUUGUCUGUGGUUCAUUGUACCUAGUAGGUCAACUAUUGAACGUUCAUUACGAUAAUGUGAGAUAG